AUGGUCGCGGCUACCAACAGCAAACUACCGACCCUUCCCGGCGGUUACAAUUAUCCCGCUCCCACCGUUCCUCCGAAGGAUGGUGCCCCUUACCUACAGACCUCGCGACUGCCAGAAAACUUCGUCUUUAUAGUGGUUGGGGCCGUGUUGGGACUUAUCGCCGUCCUCAUAUUUGCCUGGAGGAUCUUGAUGACCUGGUCCAUCAACCGCAGCUUCAAACGAGACGCCAACGCUGCCCAGGCAGGCAGGAAUGUGACCUACACGCCCCUACCCGACCUCAAGAACGAUCCCGCAUCACAAUCCGGACACGAUAUGGCGGACCUAAGCAAACUACCUAGAUCCUUUUCGAGCGUUCCUAGCUUGUUCUUCUCUCCUACUGCAGAAGUUGCGAAGCACACUCAGCGUCCACCCAGCCAGCAUCUUCCUGCUGGUCACUACCGCGAUACCUCCGAUUCCUACCGCUGA